UGAUAGCCAGUAUCUGUUAUUGUAUCACUACACAUAAAUCGCUAGCUGCACGGUAUCAAUCUUUACCUACUUGAAAUUAGGUUACGCCUGUCAAUCAAGCACUCCUGUUCAUGACAACAGUCAAUAAGCCUGAAGCUAUGGCGGACGAUUUGGACGAAUUGCUAGAUGAGGUUGAAACAAAGUUCUGUCGCAAUGUUUCAUUGACGCCACAACUUCAAGCUCCCUCAAAUUUAUCGACGGCUGGGAAAUGUUUAACCCAAACUGGGAAAGAAAGAAAACUCUGCACCACUGACGAUACCCCCAGAAAAACGGACAGCGAAGAUAUAGAUGCCCUUCUUGAGGACAUACUUGACGAUGAUUUCGAUUCCCUUGCGCUAAACACUGGACAGCUUCCUAAAAUGACGAAGACAUUGCCACAGUCCACAAGAAAGUGCUGCCCAGUUUUCCUUGGUGGAAGCUCCAUUGAAAAUGGUGUAGGAACAGCUGUUUCACAAAGGUCGUGUGAUCAGCUGAGAUGUAUCUCCUGUGACUUUCGGGUGGCCAUGUUUGGCGAUCAUGAAUGGGACCCCUCUUGUGAUUACCUCUUCUUCAGGAACAACAUGCCAGACUGUCAGAAGCUGCGGGCUAAGCUGAGGAGAAGAAAAGGGGCGCGGGCGUACGCCUGCCAGUGUAGCUGGCACUCUGCUCGAGACCUCACCGACCUGAGAGAACAGCACCAGCUCAAGUGGGUCUGUGGGAAGCAUGAUUGGAGAAGCGAAGGUGGUUAAGACCGUUGGGCCAGUAACCGAAAGGUCGCUGGUUUGAAUCCACACGCUAACGAGGUGAGAGAGAAAAAUAUGUCUGCGCUCUUGAGCAAGGCAAUUAAACAUAAUUGCUCCUGUUUGUCUUUCUGGAUAAUAACAACUGCUAAUAUGUAAAUGAAUCUGUUUUAU